AUGGGUUCCUUGCGUUCCAGGGUUUAUACUGCGGUAAUGACUCCGUUUGUAAUAUCUGUUUGUGGUGCCGCUGCUGUCCUUUUGGCAAGAACGUUUCUGAGAAAGAAAUUGAGAGUAGUAGUUCUUUUUUCCUCUGAGGAGCGGUCAUACGAGAUCCUUGGCAUUUUGACAAGAACCGCUACUUUUACUGGCGAUGUUGCUACUGAUAAUAAUAAUAAUACUACGAGGAUUGAUGACAAUGACACUCUCAUGCGUCAAGGGGGUGCAUGCGUGGAGGUUAUUCUUAACUGGAAUAACGCAAAGUUAUUGCGUGUGCCGGCUUUAGUGUUUGAUGAUGAGAAAAUGGGGAUUAAAGAAAUCUUUGAGGUUUAUUGUGGUUUAGCGAGGAAUAAACAUCCUAACAAGCUACUUGUGUGUGAUAUGUGGAAUUGCUUAAUGUCAUUGGUGGAACACAAUCUACGUGGACAUUUAAAGGAUCAUGAUAUGCCUUUGAUAGAUCAAGCACAAGUGGAAGAGCUACUAUCACUUUGUAUCCUGCUUCGUGGUAAGUACUCCAUAUAUGGGUUAAUGGGGAUCCAUCAGUGUAGUACGUUAGUGAUACAAGAUUUUCCUGAGGAACCUUUUCAAUCUUUAAAGGGGACCUAUUAUAAAGAGCGAUCGACUUUUUUAGGAAUUAUUUCCUUUCUUAAACUUCUUUGUAGCUCCUAUUCUAUGCGGCGUUUGCUGUUCUUGGCUUCUGUAUUUUUACUUUCACCUGAUACAAUUCUCAAAGGAGUAUUUGGGCUUGAAAAUGGAGUGAAUUGGACCCAACUUUAUGUUGCAGAAAUGGGGAAUUUGCCCAAUGUUGAUGUGUCAAAAACGAAUUCCUUUUUUCAUUUUCUGAAAGAACAGAUUAGGGGAUCUACAGGACGUCUUGCCACAAUUGCAAUUGCUUCAGUUGGAUUAGAUGAAUUUCUUUACACCGUUCGUAAUUUUAUCAUGAACUACAUUAUGAUAGAACUUGUAAUGUCUUUUCAGCUUAGUGCUUAUUUGGCUCUCGCUACUGUUGAUUAUGAUCCUAGUGACAAUUGGCCUCUAUCAUUUCAUAUUUCUAACGCGCUUUGGCAUGUAUCGAGUUCUGUUAUGGGGGAACUACAGAAUCAAGUACACCAAUUACUGGAGAUAGUUUCCAGUUUCUGGGUUGUUGUUCGAUUUCCUAUAAUGGCAGUUGCUAUGUGGUUCGGAACUCAAUGGAGUGAUUAUGUCACUUUAAUAAGUGAAUCACUCUAUCUUGAGUUACAAUACGCCAAGAGUUUAUUUUAUUUUGGAAAAAAAUCAUUUAAGAAAACCGGGAAUAAAAGUGAUAACAAUAAGGAAUAUUUGCAUAAUGAUCAAUUGGUUUUACCCUCACCUAUUCGUUUACUUAUGAAAACAGAUGUUGUUAAAAUAAAGAAGAAAACUGUUUCAGAAUCAAUUUCUUCCCGUUCCAUUCUGUUGCCAAAUACUUUUCACCAAAAUGCACAAGCACAGCAUGGUUUAGUGCUUUUGACCCUCAUAUCUCUAGAGUCAAAGGUGGUAUUAGAGCAACCAUGGAUUCUCUUGAUUCAACACAUUUCUUGGCCUUUCUCCCCUAUAGUAUUCGCUGAACACAUUAUGCAAACACUAGAGGGUCUUGCACGAUACCAUAAUAUGACGUUCGUGGGAGUUGAAAAAGUUCAGUGGUUAAAAACAAUUCUAAAAAACAUAAUAUCGAUGAACAAGGUAACUUCUCACUCUACGUUUAGUUAUCAUUCUAAAAGGGAAUACGUUAAGGGAUUCACUACUUUCAGAUAUGCAGGUGUUGAACUGGCUGCAGCCAUGUCAGUUGUUAAUGAUGAUCCUGGCUCAAGAAAUGAUAUGUGGGAAAAUUUUCUUCGUGAUAUUCUUAGUGGAAUAUUUAGAACAGCGAAUGCGAUACCGUUACUUCUCGCCUCUUCUUCAACACUCUAUGCUCAUCAAGAAUAUCUUGAACAAAGUCCACUUGAGCAGAAUAAUACUUUAUCGCAUUUGGAGUUUAUCCAGUAUCUAUUUCCUCUUUUUUUAAACCCUGCUGGAUUUUUCUAUGAGGAAAACGGUCUCAGUGAGGGUCAGAUUGAUCUAGCAUGCACGCAACGAAAAUUAACCAUGGGAGGUGGUUCAUUAGGUUGCUAUCAAGUAUUAGAAGGAUUGCAGAGAAUGCAGAAGAUUGAUCGACCAAUUACAACUCCUGUUCCACCUAUUGAAGGUCCCUGGAGUAUUGAGUUUCGUGAUGUGUCAUUUCGUUAUAGUGAGAAUCACCCAUAUAUAUUGUCUCACGUCUCAUUCUCUGUUAGCAAGGGAGAAUUUCUUGGCAUUGUUGGAUACAGUGGAGCGGGAAAGACGACGAUUCUACGAUUAUUAAAUUUAACAUAUGCUCCUACGUCUGGAGAAAUAUUUAUUAACGGAUUCCAUAUCAGCUGCUAUCCGGUUCGAAUGUUACGUCGAAGGAUUGCCAGUGUGUGGCAAGAAGGAGAAAAUCUCCGAUUUUUUGAUGGUUGUUCGAUCGCAAACAAUAUGGCACUUGGAAAUCUUUGGGCAUCCAAUGAGGAGGAUAUUAAUUUUGCUCUCUCUUCGGCAGAAGCACUCUCCUUUGUGGAGAAACGAUCAUCCGGUAUUUACGCACCUUUGCGGUGUCAUGAAUAUAGUGGAGGGGAGUUGGAACGUCUUUGUAUUGCUCGUGCUAUGAUGAAAAGAAAAACAGGGGUGGGCGUUUAUGUUUUUGACGAGGCGACAAACGCUCUCGAUAUGAUGACGGAGGAAAAGAUAUUUAAUGAUCUUGGGUUAAAUCGAAAAAGUAGCACCCCUCGGGACGCUACCUUUGUAGUCGUCGCCCAUCGUCUUGCAACGUUAAGAGAUGCAGACCAUAUUGUUGUUCUUAGCGAUGGCAGAAUUGUGCAGUCUGGAAGCUGGGAGGAGUUGUCUUGCAGUGAACCUGACUCUUGUUUCUCCAGGAUGCUAAGAUCCCAGCAGGUUCCAGAAUUUGUUUCUUGA